AUGGAUCUGCUAUAUAUUUUCAGUCUGAUUAUUCCACAGGGGGAUGGAUCUGCUAUAUAUUUUCAGUCUGAUUACUUGUUUCAACAUUCUUCCAUCUUCCUCUUGUUUUCAGUUCAGAAGAAAUUGAUGGACUCCAUAGAAGAUGGCCAUGGAGGCCACCAUGAAUUAGUUGAGGAGACCAAUCAGAGUCCGCCACCGAGAACGUUUAGCUUCAUGGAUGAUUACAAGGUUCCUCAGCGUAAAACAAAGGUAUUCACAGUAUUGCAAACACUGAUGUUGGGAUAUCAAUCUCUUGGUGUUGUUUAUGGAGACAUUGGAACUUCGCCUCUCUACGUCUUCUCCUCGAUCAGGAUAUCGGAGCCUGGAGAAAAAGACAUUCUUGGGAUCUUGAGCUUGAUCUUUUGGACCUUGACCAUGAUGGGAUUAAUAAAAUACGUUUUCAUUGUCCUUCAUGCCGAUGAUCAUGGAGAAGGUGGAACCUUUGCUCUCUACUCCUUGCUUCGCCAACAUGUAAACUUUAAAGGCAAGAUGAUAAUUCCAAGCACAAGACUAGGUUCUGAUUUCAACCUAAAAUACCACAGCAAAGGAAGCAAGUUACAGUCUAAGGCAAAGCAAUUCCUUGAGGAGAAUUCGAAAGCCCAGGCAGUGAUUACCUUCAUUGUCUUGCUAGGGACUUGCAUGGUUAUUGGUGAUGGGGCCCUAACUCCAGCCAUUUCAGUUCUUUCUGCCGUUCAGGGAAUCCAAUCAAGAUCAUCUAAGAUCAAACAAGAACAUGUUGUCUUCCUAUCAGUAGCAAUCCUUGUGAUCUUGUUCCUCUUCCAGAGAUUUGGCACAAACAGAGUUAGUUUCUCCUUCUCACCAAUUAUGGUCCUUUGGUUCUCAUUUACUGCUGCCAUUGGCCUCUACAACAUCAUCAAAUUUUACCCAUCAAUCAUAAAAGCUUUGUCACCUCACUACAUUUUCUACUUCUUUCAAAGAAACCACAGCAAGGGAUGGGAACUCUUAGGUGCAAUUGCUCUUUGCAUCACUGGAGCUGAAGCUAUGUUUGCUGAUCUCGGUCACUUUAAUAAGAGAGGAAUUCAGCUUUCUUACACAUUGGUAGUGUAUCCUGCACUGGUCCUCGCAUACUCUGGCGAAGCUGCAUUCCUUAUCAAGAACCCUGACAAAAUCAGCACAGCAUUUUAUAGCUCUGUCCCUGAACCCAUAUUUUGGCCCAUGUUUCUCAUUUCAACACUAGCAGCUGUUGUGGCAAGCCAAGCCCUCAUAUCUGCAAGCUUCUCAAUCAUCAGACAAUCCAUUGCACUAGGUUGCUUCCCACGUGUGACCAUGAUUCAUACCUCAAGAAAGCAUGAGGGGCAAGUCUACUCUCCAGAGGUGAACUACUUUCUAAUGUUUGUGUGCAUUCUAAUCACAGUUGGUUUCGACGGCGGAGCGGAAAUUGGAAAUGCAUUUGGUGUGGCUGUGAUAUGGGUGAUGCUCAUCACAACAGUACUUAUGGCUGUGGUGAUGCUUGUUAUAUGGGACACAAACAUAAUUUUGGUGGGGAUAUUCCUCUCAGUUUAUGUCAGCAUUGAAGGAGUUUACAUGAGCUCAUUGUUGAACAAGCUUGCACAUGGAGGAUGGGUCCCCUUUGCAAUCUCAGCCUUCUUCUUGGUGAUCACUCUCUCAUGGACAUAUGGAAGAAGCAAGAAAAGGGAAUAUGAAGAUGGCAAGAAGAUGACCAAACAAGAACUAAACCAGCUUGUUGAAGCUAGCACUCGAGUCCCCGGAGUUUGCAUCUUCUGCACUGAUCUAAUUAAUGGAAUCCCCCCAAUAAUUCGACAUUAUGUGCAGCAUGUAAGCACACUUCGUCAAAUUACAGUGUUUGUCACCGUAAGAACACUUCCAGUAAGGACUGUGCUUCCUGAAGAGAGGUUCAUCAUAGCAAAGCUUGGCCCUAAGGGGGUCUAUAGAUGCCUGGUUCAGUAUGGUUACAUGGAUCAACAUAGAAUGGAUGGAGAAGAAUAUGUGACAUCAAUUGUAGGAGUGAUCAAGGAGAUAGCUGAGAAUGCUGAGGAGAUUGAGAUGUUAGAUUCUGCUUCCCUCAAGGGUGCGAUAUUUGUUCUUGGGAGAGUAAUUCUUAAGGCUAGUAACAAGAAUGGGAGUUUAAGAAGAUGGGUUAUUAAUAAUUUGUACAGGUUCUUACAGAAGAACUUUAGAUCUAAUGUUGCCACCCUGAGAAUUCCUCCUAGCAAGAGUUUGCAGGUUGGAAUGCUUUAUGAAAUUUAA